AUGUCACUCCGACACACCCCAGAGCAUCAAGAGCAUGUCCGUCGAGCCUUUUCCAAGUCGUCUUCUUCCUCCUCCUCAUCUGCCAUUCGUCGGAGAAAUCUCGACACCGCUUGGCUCUUACGUGAAGCUGCCAAAGUCGAUGGCAAGUACAAUGCGGGAUUAGGAGGAUACGCUGCUCUCCUCGCGAACCCCCUUCCUCCUUCCAAACGACAGGGCGAAGUCUCAUUGACAGAUCACAACCUUGACGCGUCGUAUUCUGGUUCCAUCUCGAUCGGUACGCCUCCGCAGCAGUUUGAGAUCAUUCUCGAUACGGGAAGUAGUGAUCUAUGGCUCGCUUCUACCAACUGCUCGAUCGGAUGUAAUGGGAUGUCUCAAUUUGAUCCAGACAACUCGACAACCUUUCGCAACCUCAAAUCCACGUUUGACAUCUCAUACGGAUCAGGACAAGCUCAUGGUAUCCUCGGUCAAGAUGUCGUCACGCUCGGCGGUUACAGUGUAGCUGGGCAGACUUUUGCAGCCUGCACGGAUCUCACCCCUGGUCUCAUCACUAGCUCUGUCAGCGGUAUCAUGGGUCUCAGUUGGCAGGCGUUGGCAUAUUCGAAGGCGACUCCGUGGUGGAUCACCCUCGCCAAGUCGGGAUCAUGGAGUCAACCUCUAUUUGCCUUUUACCUCAAACGAUUUAGAGACGUUGCAGGUGCAUCAAACCUGGAGACUGAUGCUGGUUCGGCCACCUUCGGCUACCUUGAUUCUUCCCUUUACACUGGCGAGGUGACUUAUGCAAACGUCGCCAGCGGUGCACAAUACUGGCAGGUCACAAUGGACUCCAUGACUAUUCAGGGUUCCAACGUCAAUCUCGGCAGCUCCAAUCUCGGCGCCGUCGACACCGGAACCACACUCAUUGGCGGUCCUGCAGCCAUUAUUGCUCAGUUGUACGCUUCCAUCCCUGGAUCCUCUCAAAUGGGAGGAUCCUAUGGCAGCUACUACGAGUACCCUUGCGCGACGUCCAUCGACUUUACGCUCACCAUCGGUGGAUUCACCAUCAACAUUACCGAUGCCGAUUUCAAUCUCGGUCGAUACAGUUCAGACGAUACAAUGUGUACUGGAGCUGCUUUCAUCCAAAAACUCCCCUCCAAUGCGCCUGUUCAAUGGAUCAUUGGAGACACCGUAUUGAAGAACGCCUACACUGUCUUCCGGUACUCACCACCCGCGGUUGGGUUUGCGUCCCUCGCUUCGGGUUUGAGCGACAGUGAGACUCGACCUACGACGAUCCCUGUGAUCCAAUCUUCUACGGGUAUCUUGGCGAGUACAGAAGAAUUAAGCACGACGCCUGCCAUCUCCGCAACGACCUCGACGUCGACCUCUCAGACCGCCGCCGUUUCAGCCGAGGAACCCGUCGUGACUGUCACUGAAGUCGCUGGCAAUAAUAACAACGCCGCAAUCUCUGCAUCUCCUUCACCGAGCGAAACGUCGUCGUCGUCAUCAUCAUCAUCGUCAUCUACCAACAAUACCAAAUCUGGAGGUGCGAGCGUGACGUCAAGCUUGGUACCGGGAUUGUUGUUUGCUUCCUUGGGACUAUGCUGGAUGGUCUUAUAG